AUGGUUGGAUCUUCUUUUUAUACUGGUCUGAAGAGUUUGCAUCCUGUGCAAAUAGUCAAAUGGAUCCAUUCCUUUCUUGUUCCUUUUAUACUCGCCCAAAUGGUUUUGAGCAUUUCCCUGGGAAGGUAUUUAAAUAAGUCACUUUCUUCUUUUGUUGCUGUGUUCCCAGGAUGCCAAGUGCACGACUUUGGAGAUUUGAAUUUCACUCAAGUUCCCAAUGAUGAACUGUACAACAACCUGAUUUUAUAUCCGCGGUCGGUGGGCUUGGCCAGCCAGAUACUGGCUGAUGCAGUGAGCAGAGCAGUAGCUGCUGGACACAGAUGUGUGACUUUAGGAGGUGAUCACAGCUUGGCACUUGGCUCUGUCAGUGGCCAUGCACGGCAGUGCCCACACCUUGGAGUGAUCUGGGUGGAUGCACACGCUGAUAUCAACACGCCUCUCACAACUCAGUCUGGAAGCCUCCACGGACAACCUCUCUCAUUUCUCCUGAGGGAGCUUCAAAAUAAAGUACCACAACUUCCUGGCUUUUCCUGGCUGAAGCCCUGCAUUUCAGCAUCUGACAUUGUGUACAUUGGUUUGAGGGAUGUGGAUCCUGCUGAGUAUUACAUUUUGAAGAACUUUGACAUCCAGUAUUUUUCCAUGAGGGAUAUCGAUCGUCUUGGAAUUCAGAAAGUUAUGGAAAGAACCUUUGAACAACUGAUGGGCAGGAGACAGAGACCAAUUCACCUGAGUUUUGACAUUGAUGCUUUUGAUCCCUCACUGGCUCCAGCAACGGGGACUCCUGUUCUAGGUGGAUUAACUUACAGAGAAGGCAUGUACAUCACAGAGGAAAUACACAACACAGGAAUGCUUUCAGCUGUAGACAUGGUUGAAGUCAAUCCACUGCUGGGAGCUUCUCAAGAGGCAGUGAAAGCAACUGCUCACCUUGCAGUCGAUGUGAUAGCAACGUGCUUUGGGCAGACAAGGGAAGGUGCACACAUUGCUUUCGAUGAACUCCCAACACCCAGCUCUCCAGAUGAAUCUGACAGUGAAGAGCAAGUGAGGAUUUAAGACCCCAAAGUGUUGGAUAUAUUGGACACUACAGAGCUCUGCUGAGGCACUUGAGUGGAUAGAUUGUCAACACUUGGCAAAUACUGUUAACUUCUCAAUUUUUAAAUAAACUAGCUUUUCCAUUGAUCAGUGGCUACUUUAUUACAUACCAAGAUUUAUUCAUUUAGUUAAGUAUAUACAAAAUGAGACAAUAAAAUAUUUAUUACCUUCUUAUUAAUCUUA